GACGGGCGGGCGGGCAGGAGCUAGCCGUGUGCGCCUCGCUUGUGGAGUUAGGGAGCAGGAGGGGAGGCAGGCUGGCCGGCCGGCCGAGAGCCGACCGGACAACCAGUGAUCGCGACAGCGGCAGAGUCAGCUGCCCACGCGCUUCUGUCGCUGCCCGCGGUCUGAGCAGAAUGAGCGGGAGCGGAAGAGGCGCUGAGAGCAGAGAGCGCGGAGCCGGCAAGGAGGGAGAGCGACUAGCACGCUGUCUCUGGUCCGCUGUGUGGGCGGGGAGAGGCGAGGCUGAGGGAGAAAAAGAAGAAGAGGCAGAAGCGAGGCUUGCAGGCAGACAGUAGUAAACUGAGGGGACAAGACGGCAGGAGGGAAACAGCCCCAGCCAGCCACGCACUGCCAAAGGGUUGGGUCAGGGAAAGAGGAGACAGUGCAGGAGGGUGGGAGAGACGGACAGAAAUAGAGGCAGGCGAGACAAGAGAAGAAGGAGGCGGCGGCUGGAGACCGGAGAACGCGAAUUGUGAGAGGACAAGCAACGAAAGGAAGUCUGAGCAGGGCAGAGGGAGAGCUCAGGAACAGGGCGGUGCGCUGCUGGGGUGUAGGAAGACGGGCGAAAGGGACAAUAAGCGCUACAUAGGGAGAAGUUCAGAGGGAGGCGCAAGAAAAAGCCAUGCAGCAGAGGAAGUGAGGCGCGCGGGGGGGCGGGCGGGCGGCGGAGAGGGAGACUCACGGCCAAGCAGCAACCAGAGAGAGAGAGGUGCCCCAGUAGCAGCCCUCCAGCCCAGGAGAGGAAGAGGAGGACUAGACCAUGCCUUCCAGGAAAACAGGCGUUUUAUUGUAACUGCAACCUCAUCGGCAGCCAGAUCAGCCCCAAACUACAUCAAGAAGCUGGGGCGGGCCAGAUCCAGUGUGUUCAUUCAAGGUUGAUGAUGAUGAUCUGUCAAAUUCUCUAAAGGAACAGCAUGGCGAUUGGCACUCUGAACCAUUAAUAGGGUCAUGGGACUCACAUUGUCAUUGAUCACUUGUGUGGAUUUAACCAGUGAGGAGCAACAGAAACUGAUAGAAAGGAAUCAAGAAUUAACACAGCACUGAAGGUCAUCACAUCUUGUUCUUUUAAUUUCUAUCUGGGAGAAUGUCUGAGCAAGGUAAAGCAGAGGAAGUUGGAAAUGAGCAGGACUCAGCCAUCUCCCAACAAGAGAACUGCAUCAAUAAAAAUGAAAGCUCAGAGGCAGAUGAAAAAGAGGAAAAUGGCCAGAAACGAGGUGCUAACCAGAACCAGCAGAAAAAGAGAUACAAGUCAGGAGGAAAAGGCAAACUGGUACGGAGUCUUGCUGUAUGUGAAGAAUCAUCCCCUCGUUUUGAAUCAGAAAAUGACAAUCAGGAAUCAAUACAGCUACAGCUUUCAAGUUUCCCCAGCCUACAAGAAGAGGAUAAAUCUAGUAAAGAUGACUCUGAGAAAGAAAAAGAGAAGGAUAAAAACAAAGAAAAAGAUAGAAACAGUGAAAAACCCAAGAUAAGAAUGUUAUCAAAAGACUGCAGCCAAGAAUACACAGACUCCACAGGCAUAGAUUUGCAUGAAUUUCUGAUUAACACAUUAAAGAAUAAUCCCAGGGACAGAAUGAUACUGUUAAAGAUGGAGCAGGAAAUUAUUGAUUUUAUUAGUGACAACAGUAAUCAUUAUAAAAAGUUCCCCCAGAUGUCAUCAUAUCAACGAAUGCUAGUGCACAGAGUGGCAGCUUACUUUGGAAUGGAUCACAAUGUGGAUCAGACCGGGAAAUCAGUAAUUAUCAACAAGACCAGCAAUAUGAGAAUACCAGAGCAAAGGUUUUCUGAACAUUUAAAAGAUGAAAAAGGUGAAGAAUCCCAGAAGCGAUUUAUCUUGAAGCGAGAUAACACUAGUAUUGAUAAAGAAGACAAUCAGCAAAACAGAAUUCAUCCAUUUAGAGAUGACAGACGAAGUAAAUCAAUUGAAGAGAGAGAAGAGGAGUAUCAGAGGGUGAGGGAGAGAAUAUUUGCACAAGAUUCAGUUUGCUCCCAAGAAAACCUUUUUGUGGAUAACAGGCUCUUGGAGGACAGCAUAUGCAAUGAGACCCUUAAGAAAAGACAGCUCUUCAGGGGUAACAGAGAUGGCACAGGACAGGCAUCUGGUAGUCGGCAAAGCAGUACAGACAAUGAAUUAAAAUGGACAGACUACCAGAGGCCAUGGAGCAGCACAGACUCAGACAGCUCUAAUCGUAAUUUGAAGCCAGCCAUAACGAAGACAGAAAGUUUUGGAGGAAUAACUGUUCUCACAAGAGGAGAUAGCUCAUCAAGCAACAGGAGUACCGGCAAACUGUCUAAAACAGGUAGUUCAGAGUCUUCCAGCAGUGCUGGGUCCUCAGGAUCUCUGUCACGAACACAUCAGCCUCUCCAAAGUGCACCCGUUGUCCCUGGAGUUACAGCCACCUCUUCGAGCAAUGUUUCCUACACAGAGAAUGGAAUGUGUAGCCAGGUAGUACCAAGCAACACCAGCUAUAUCAUACUUCCACUUGAAGCUUCAGGGAUACCACCAGGAAGUAUCCUGCUUAAUCCACACACAGGUCAACCAUUUGUAAACCCUGAUGGUACGCCUGCAAUAUACAAUCCACCCAGCAAUCAACAACCAAUUAGGAGCCAGCUAGUUGGACAGUCUCAGCAACCGUCUUCAUCUCAACAGCCUGUGCAGCAACCACAGCAACAAAUUACAAGUCACCUUGUCACACAGCCUGUUCAGGCUCUGCAACCCUCUUCCCAAUCAGUCCAGUAUCCAACCGUUUCCUACCCUCCUCAGCAUCUCCUGGCAGUGUCUCCAACGCAGCAGUUUCCUGUGCGAGAUGACAUAACGCAGUUUAGCCAGAUGAGCUUAAGUCGUCAGUCAUCAGGAGACAACCCUGAUUCGCCUUCUGGUCCUGUCUAUCCAUCACCUCUUAUACAGCAGUCUACCCCACAGCCUGGUUAUGUUAUGGCAUCCCCAAGCCAGCAGCUCCCCGCUGGAGGUUUCACAGGUUCAGGUGCACCGGUAUCCCAACAAGUACUGCAACCCCCACCACAGGGUUACGUACAACAACAACCACCUACUCAGAUGCCUGUGUAUUAUUACCCAUCUGGUCAAUACCCUACCUCAGCAACUCAGCAGUACAGGCCCAUGGCUUCAGUUCAGUACAGUGCACAACGGAGUCCACAAAUAGCACAGACUGCACAGCAAGCAGCUGCUGCACAUUGUCAACACUUUCAGUGAGCUGACCACCAUGACCCCAAGAUCUCUUUCCUGUUUGAAAUCAUUGGAGCCUUGCUCUUCUGGCAGCAUGAUGAAAUGAAUAUCUAUUUCCUCACCCACUCUUCCAACUAGAUGAAAUCAGCCCUGGGGUAUGAUAUAAUAGCACUUGUAAUUUAUCUUGCGGGGUUGUCUUAAAAUGUUUUCCAAAAAUAAACUAUUGAAGUCCCUCAAAACCAUUUGAAACAGGUAACAUUUUUAGUUCAUGCCCAGAUGAAGAAUCUAGAAAUGGAUGAGAUAUUUGGCUUCUCUGGUACAAACAUCAUCACAUUGUGACCGAACUUUACAGUAUAUACAACUUUUGGGUUACUAUUUCACUUUUAUCAGUAUAUGUGUGGCAAACCAAUGAUGCAGAGAGAAUUUGGUUAGCAUGUCUUAUUGGGAAAGGAUAUAAACAGUAGAGCUGUGAAUUGAAUUGAAACAGUAAUUGUUUUCUAUUCAAUACAGCUCAUAUUGUAUGGUUUUUGCAUAAUAUAGUUCCUGAUGACUUUUUUUAAUUGCAAACCCCAUCUGAUACAAUACUGACCAUUAUUUAUGUAUCAUAUUGGUCUGUAUCAGAGGAUCAGAUGGGUUUCUUUUUUCCUGUUGGUCUGUUCCAAAAUUUGUAUGUUUUAGAAUCUGGAAUUGUUCCAUAUAUGGAAAAUGCUGGAAGGGAUGGAGGGAAUAAUUAUCUGAUUGAUAUCUGUAACUUGCUGUUGUUUAAAUGUCUUCAUGGUCUCGCAGUUGCUGUCAUCAUUCUGCAAUUGGUUUAGCCGCAGCUCUAUUACAUUCCAAUCAUAGUACUUUGAAGAAUAGACGUAGAAAUAAUACGGUAUUCAUGCUAAACCCUCUCCUUUCGCUAGUGACUCAUAGGAACAGCAAAGUCCUCACAGAAGUAAAGUAUCCAAGCAAAAGAGAAAUGUGAAAGUUGAGGAGCCUCAUUUUAAAAAAACCUAGCAUCAGCUUGCAGUUUGGAGAACAAAGUCCUCUGAGAAGGGACUACUUAUUCCUUCAAGCAUCCAAGUAAACCAAGGAUCCACACAUCUAAGAAAAGCAGAAAUAUGGAAAGGAACGUGCACCUGUUUCUAGAGGUGUACACAAAACUUGCUGGCCCAGUUUGGUUCAAGGCUGAACUGAACCAGGUCAGUUUGGUUUUGCCCCCCUCUGACCCUCCUGGUUUGAUUCAGCUCACGAAGGCUCACAAAUUUUUUUUUUAAAGUUUAGUUUAGUUUAGUUUUUGUACUUACCCACUCCAGGGGGCUUCUUCAAUGCCACGGGGGUCUGCGGGUGUUCUCCCUUCCCCAACAGCCUUCCGUAUGUAUAAAAGCACCCUGUUCAGUCGAUCCCUGUUUGGUCAAUUUCUGGGCCUUGCCCCCAUCCUGGUGGCCAUUUUGGAGGCCAUCGCACAUCCGCAAUGGGCUCCUGCGUGGCCUAAGUCACAUGGCCUCGGAGAAGCCCCCUGUGGCCUCAGAAACGCUCCUGGAGGGGGGUAAGUAAAAAUAAAAAUAAAAUACAUUUUAAAAAAUAAUUGUGACCCUCACCCUGAAUGGCCGGGCGGGGGGGGGGGGGUCAGUCCAAUGUUGAACUGAACCAGGUGGAGUUUGGCUUGAUGUCGAGCUGUCAAACCAAACUGAUUCAACUUCAAACACAUUCGGAAUCAAACCUGUUCACACAUUCCUACCUGCUUCUCAGAAAUCCUGGUGCCUCUAUGUGAAUUGGGGUGUGCCGUGCCCUAACAAGGGUCUACUAUCCUUGAAAGUUGCAUCCCUUUCUACCUUGCAAUAAUAUGGCUGUGUUCACACCUUCACAAGGGUCCUGAUUAAAAAGUUAAUCAGGAUUAGUGAACCCAGCAAAGCUGAUUGUGUGAAAACAGAAUUUAAGAGCAAUCCUGGUCAAAUUGCUCUCAAUAGCCAGCAUUUAAGCAUUGAUAACUGUGUAAAUGCUGAUUAACUGUAGCAAUUUGAAAGGAUUGCCCUGAAAUUCCUCAUUCACACAAUCAGUGUUGUUUGGCUCACUAAUCCUGAUUAACAUUCUAACCAGGAUCCUUGUGAUUAUAUGAAUGGUGCUUAUAUAUAUGUAUUUUGGCUUUCUGAUUACCAUUAUGUUGCUUUCCUUCUAGCAUAUCGCCAAGAGGAGAUUACUUACAGAACUGCAUGUUUUUGUGCUGAGGCAUGCAAAAUAAGAUGCUCACAAAUUGGAUUUUAAAUUAUUUUAUUUGGUUUUAGUCUUGUAAAUGUGUAUUUAUUGUUCAGGACCUGUUUUGUUUGGUCAUUGACCGUAAAUAAACUAAACUAACUAUAUAGG